AUGGGAUACACCGAAUUAACUCAAAAACAAGUGGAUAAAGUGUUACAAGACAUAUCAAAGGAAUAUGUCGGCACUUCCUAUAACUUAUUGACAAGAAAUUGCAAUCACUUUUCGGAAGAGUUAUGUAAGAGUUUGACAGGAAAGACUGCACCAGGUUGGGUAAACCGUGCUGCCAAGUUGGGAACUAUGUUUCCUUGUGUGAUACCUACGGAAUGGGUUGAGCCUCCUGAUGCCAAUGGAAAUGGUAAGUGGAGAAAUAAUAAUAAUAAUAAUAAUAAUAGAUGCAUUCUUCUUUAUAUUAAAUGA